CUCUUGUCAUUUUAGUCACGCUCAGUUUUUCAAAUUCUGACUUGAUACUAUCUGGGCGCUUAUUGAACAAUGACCUUUACUUUCUCCACUAUAUAUAUGGUUCAAGUAGCAGACUCAAACCAUCCCCUCUCUCUGUCUCUCUCCAAAUACCCAAAAUCAUUUUAAAACCCAAAAACUAUGCAUAGAUUUGCAAGAAGCAGACCUCUUAUAUUUCUUGGACAUGGGAGCAUUAAAAUCUAGGACCAGAUAAAACCUAGCUCUCCAAUCCGAUCCACCAAUAUAUACUAGACGCGUGUCAAAUAAACAACUCAAAAAAGUCCUCCCUUCUCAUCUUCCUCUUAAAUUUCUUUGAAGGUUUCAGACUUGCAUGCACGUUAAAGCAACAACAAAAACCCUAAUAGUUCUGUCUCCUUAAUUUUCCUUUCUCUUUGAGUUUUCUAUCAACCAUGAAAACUGAACUAAGAGCAAACGCUACUACGCCAAUUCCUCUUCAAAACUCUCGUCUUUUCAACAAUCCUGAAAGUUCUCUCUCAGGUGCUCUUAAAGGGUGUCUUGGUAGCCUUGAUGGAGCAUGCAUAGAAAAGCUUCUACUUCACUGCGCAAGUGCCCUAGAGAACAACGAUGGGACUUUGGCUCAACAAGUGAUGUGGGUGCUCAAUAAUGUUGCUUCUUUGGCAGGUGAUCCGAACCAAAGGCUCACUUCUUGGUUUCUAAGGGCACUUAUCUCUAGGGCAUCUAAAGUUUGCCCCACAGCGACCAAUUUUGAUGGUAGCAGCACAAUCCAAAGGAGGCAAAUGAGUGUGACUGAGCUUGCCGGGUAUGUUGAUCUAAUCCCUUGGCACAGGUUUGGGUUCUGUGCAUCAAAUGGUGCCAUUUUUAAGGCAAUUGAAGGCUACCAAAAAGUUCAUAUUUUAGAUUUUAGCAUCACUCAUUGUAUGCAGUGGCCUACGCUUAUAGAUGCUUUGGCUAAAAGGCCAGAAGGGCCACCUUCACUUAGAAUCACCGUGCCCUCUUGUAGGCCACCAGUUCCUCCUUUGCUUAACGUAUCAACUGAAGAAGUUGGCCUUCGUUUAGGCAAUUUCGCUAAGUUCAGGGAUGUGCCAUUUGAAUUCAAAGUGAUUGAUGACCGAUGUUCUUCCUCUACAUCAACUGAAAUUAUGUGCAAAGAAUCCUCUGGUUUUCAUUUUGAGUCAUUAUUGAAUCACUUGACUCCUUUGCUUGACCUUAGGGACGAUGAGGCCUUGGUAAUAAACUGCCAAAAUUGGCUACGAUAUUUGUCGGAUGAGCAAAAGGGAAGAGUCCAAGACUCUUCUCUAAGAGAUGAUUUUCUUCGUACCAUUAAAGGCCUUAAUCCUUGUCUUAUAGUUGUCGUCGACGAGGAUUCUGAUUUAAGUGCACUAAGUCUCACUUCCAGGAUUACUAGUUGCUUCAAUUAUCUAUGGAUACCAUUUGAUGCCUUAGAAACUUUCCUUCCCAAAGAUAGUUGCCAAAGGAUUGAAUAUGAAUCCGAUAUUGGUCACAAAAUUGAGAAUAUCAUCAGUUAUGAUGGGUUCCAAAGAAUAGAAAGAUUAGAAUCUGGCAUUAAACUAUCACAAAGGAUGAAGAACGCUGGUUGUUUAAGUGUUCAAUUCUGUGAAGAGACUGUUAGAGAAGUCAAGUCCUUACUAGAUGAACAUGCUAGUGGUUGGGGGAUGAAAAGAGAAGAAGAUAUGUUGGUGCUCACAUGGAAGGGUCACAACUCAGUAUUUGCCACAGCUUGGGUCCCAGGUGGUUUAGAGGAUUAAAUGGGUGUGGACUGAAGUGCCUUACAAGAUAAAUGGCAGGGUUUGGGUCUACAAUGAGAUAGGUUUGGCUUGUUUUUACUUUAGAUGUGGUCCUGGUGAAGAGGCAAUGACAAAACAGAAAUGCUUUUUUCUCUUUGUCAAAAGGCUGCAAAUGGGCACGACACGAGACAAGAUGAGAAACGGCAGCAAAUUGAGAACGACCUUAUUAUGCUACCUUUGUAUUCGUGCUAUAUAGCUAUAUUAUCACUUGGGAGGCAAAGAAAGAUGUACGUAUUGUCUUUGUAUGAGACAAAAUCGUCUACCACUUUGCUUUCUUUUCCUUUCAAUUUGCGUCCUUCUUAGUUCUUCCACCUUUUGUUUUGGCAAGGUUUGAAAGGAAGUAGGCAGCUACCUCUUUCUUAAUCAUCAUUACUGUUAUUUAUCUGUCCUUCAGAAUAUAACUGAUUCCCUUGAACUCA